AUGGCCAAGAAACUAGCCAAAAAGGCUCCCAACACCAGAAAGUCCAAAAGAAACGCUGGCGAAGCUCCACCAAAGAGCAUCGAAUUGUUGGGCAGAGCCUAUAAAAUCAAUCGUGAUGAUGGAGAUGAUGAUCAUAAUGAUGACGAUGAUGACAUUUCAACUGAAUCCUACCAUGAAUCUGUCAAGAUCAACAACGACCGAAAGUUCAAGUUGGGAGAUGUCGUGUCAUUGGAAGAUGUAUCUGGCACUCGUGUCGAAGGAUAUGCAAGGAUCCUAGCUUUAUUCAGUGACAAGGACGCUGCUAAUAAAGCUAUUGUUUCGUACAUGUAUCGACCCAACCAGGUCUGGAAUGGUAGAAUAGCCGCUAGAAUGCCGACAAAACUGGAUAUUGAUUUCGAAAUCUUGGCCUGUGGCAAGUCAGAACAGAUCGACAUAUCACGCAUCAUGCAAACAGUCAAAGUCAUGACUCCUCGAGAACUGGAAGCUCAGUAUCCUGACAAGGACGAAAGCCUCGAAGGCAAGGUCUUCUUUUGUCGCCAGCUGGUUGAUCAAAAGAAUUGCAAACUUGGCCAGCAGAUUGACUGGGAGGGUUAUAAGAAGAAGGACUUGAUACUAAAACCUCGUCAGAAGAACUCGACCAAUGAUAAAGAAGAAAAACAAAAUGGAGCAUCAUCUUCCAAGAGUGGAGGUAUGACUCCUCCCAGUGAACGUCUCGAAAGAAAGAGAAAGAGUUAUGUGACCACUCCUUCAGUCUCUCGGCAACCAAAGAAAGCGAAAGUAGUCGACGCACCACCUAACGAGAAGAAGGGAAAGGAACCAUCAACUACAAAGUAUAUUGAUGCAGACUCUGAAGAAAGUGAAUCGACAGAUUCGGAUGAUGAUAGUGUUGGAGAUGAAACCUUUAAAAUUGACAAGGAAGCCAGGCUCGUUGAAGAAGACGACGCCCAAGAUGAUGGAGAUAUUGAAUCAUUGCCUAGUGAUCCAGAAGAUGAUCCGAUGGAGUUGGAUUCUGACGACGAUAGACGCAGGACACCGUAUAAGAAGUCACCACGCAAAGCAAGGACACCUAGAUCUGGAAAUCGAACACCGUCAAAAGGCAAAGCUUCAAAGUCUAAUAAUCGAACUCCCACUACUUUUCGCAGAACGCCAUCUAAAAGUGGACGUGCCACACCUGGUUCUAGUCGAAACUUAUCUGUAAACAUGAACUACUCUAGGAGUCUCCUUCAGGAUACGCCUCUACCUCAACGUACAAAUCUACCAGAUGAACCCAUGACUGACUUCCAAAAGGCUCAGCACAUGCUUCAUGUUGGUUAUGUACCUGAGAACUUGGUUGGUCGUGAAAAAGAGUAUGCUGAAGUCUACUCAUUCUUGGAAAGUGCUAUAGAGGAUGGUUCCGGAGGAUGUCUAUAUAUUGCAGGAAUACCUGGAACUGGCAAGACUGCUACAGUUCGUGAGGUGAUUCGAUCUCUAGAAACACGUCUAGAAGCAGAGGAAAUUCCACCAUUCCACUUUGUGGAAUUGAAUGGUAUGAAGUUAAUUGAACCUCAGCAUGCCUACGUACGAUUAUGGGAAGCUUUGAGUGGAAAUCGAGUACCAGCUGCUCAAGCUCUGUCGUUGUUGGAUAAGAAGUUCAACAGUCCUUCUCCAAACCAACAGCCAGUGGUGGUACUCAUGGACGAGCUCGAUCAACUCAUCAACAAGAAGCAAACAGUCAUUUACAACUUUGCUGAUUGGCCAAAUCGUCCUCAGUCUCACUUGAUAGUGGUAGCAAUUGCUAACACGAUGGAUUUGCCUGAACGUCUUACUAAUAGAAUUGCCAGUCGUCUGGGCUCGCAUCGUCUUCAUUUCAAGCCAUAUGAUAGAGACGACCUCAUAAAUAUUGCAACAACUCGACUCAAAGACAUUGACGGAUUUGAUGACGAUGCGAUUCGAUAUGCAGCUCAAUGGACUACUGGGGUUAGUGGCGAUGCUCGUAGGAUGUUGGAUUACUGCAGGAGAGCAUUCGAGAUUGCCGAGUUAGAAUCCAACAAGACGGGUGAAGAAGUGACUGUCGAUUUGAACAUGAUACGACGUACUAUCAAAGAAAUGAAUGGAGCAGUCACCAUUCAGACAGUAGCAAAGACAUCUCUUCAAGCGAGAAACUUUUUGAAGGCAUUCUUGAAAAGAAUUCGUCUGUCUGGUCGCCCAGAAGCUUCUUUUGCUGAGGUGAUGGAGGAACACACCAAACUCUGUCAAAUGACAAAGACAGUCAUUCCAAACUCGUCACAAUUUGUGGCUAUUUGCAAUCAGCUACGAGAGGCUGCCGUCAUACUGGUUGACUGCAAGCACAAUACUGCUCUGGAUCCAUUCCAGCUCAUCAGAUUGGGUGCAUUUACCGAGAAUGAUAUUACGAUUGGACUUGAAAGAGCCAAGAAGAUGCCAUGA